GUGUUAUUAAAAUGAUUACAAGUAAAACUAAUAUGGAAUUGAAUGCAAUUGAAGAAGGUGAAAAUGGCACUCCUCCAGUCACAGCCAACGGGAAUGACUCACAAGUUGACGUGAAUACUGGUAGUAAUCCCUCUGACCCUCAAAAAUCUGCUGGCAAGUCACCUUCUGAGACUCUUUGUCAGGGUUAUAAAACUUACGAGGUAAAUUCUUCUGGGGAUAAGAAGGAAAGAGACACAGCAAAUGUAAUCCCUAAGAGCAGCCAAAUAAGUGAAGAUUCUGGUCCCAAAGCUGUUAGGUCGCAAAUAGAAAACACUAAGAGUGUAAAACACAGUCCAAAAGUCGGCGAAUCCAUAUGAAGUAACGCUGAGAACCAGGAACAACAGAAUAUUGGUGCGAUUAUUGACAGUUCUAAGGCAGAGGAACCAGAUUGCACCCUUAAUCCUGACAGUAGGCCUACUGAAGAAAACACUGACAUCAUAAGAAAAGAAACAUCAAAGCUCCAGUUCCUUCUUACACAGCCAGACAUUUUUGAGUAUCUGCGAAAACUUAACAACGGAGAACUGACUGGGGAAGAAGAGAAGAAGGCUCAGGCCUCUAACAUGAUUACAGAUGUAGACAACUCUGUGGCUGCAAACAAGAGGCAUGCGCUAGACGGAAAAGAGGAAGUUAACUCCGAUUCAAAAGAUGGAUACGACAAUGAGAGGGUCAUUGAAAAGAUUGAGGUCCAACCUUCAAACCUUGCUUUUGGUAAACUUAGAAAGUACCAGAUAGACUGACUUAACUGGCUAAAUAGCUUACACGAAGCUAAACUUAAUGGCAUCCUUGCUGAUGAGAUGGGCCUCGGUAAGACAAUAGAAUCCAUCAGUAUCCUUGCAUUGAUUGAAAAUUUAAAGAGUGAACAAGAGAAAUUAAAAAGAAAAACAUUUCAUCUCGUCAUUGUCCCGAAGGUCACUCUCAACAAAUGGAAAUAAGGAACUUCACAACUGGUUCCCAUCAUGUAGAGUAUUCAAGUUCUAUGGUAACCAGGAAGAGAAAGAAAUGAUGAAGGGGAAAGAACUGAAAGAGAAGAAUUUUGACUGUAUUCUCACUACUUAUGAAGUAAUCAUAAAAGAGAAGUCUUCACUACAAAAGUUGAAGUAUGAAUACCUGAUCCUUGAUGAAGCACAUAGAAUUAAAUAACGACCAAUGAGUCUUAUCCCAAGUACUGAGAAAGUUCUCCACUGAAAAUAGAUUGCUGCUCACUGGAACUCCUCUUCAGAACAAUUUGAAAGAGUUGUGGGCACUUCUUAAUUUCUUGAUGCCUAAGCUAUUUGACUCUGAAGAAGAGUUCAAUGAGUUGUUCCAGUUUGAUCAAGAUGGUCCUGAUAAUCAGAACACUAUCAUCAAGCAGAUCCAUAGGUUGUUGAGGCCAUUCAUGCUGAGAAGACUGAAGGUUGAUGUAGAGAAGUCCCUACCUUCAAAGAAGGAAAUUUACCUAUAUUUUGGAAUGUCUGAGAUGCAAAAGAAGUUGUACAAGCAAAUUCUUACCAAAAAUAUCGAUGUAGUAAAUGGAGCCGGAGACCGACUCCGAUUGCUAAAUGUAUUAAUGCAACUUAGGAAGUGCUGCAACCAUCCUUACUUGUUCGAUGGGAUGGAGCCAGGGCCUCCUUAUCUCGAUGGGCCACAUUUGUACGAAAAUUCAAUGAAAUUCAAAGUUCUUGAUGUUCUUCUGAAGAAAAUUUUGGAGAGUGGUUCAAAAGUACUUAUCUUCAGUCAAAUGACUAAACUGUUAGAUAUUCUUGAUGAUUAUCUCCGUUACAAAUCAAUACCUUAUUGAAGAAUUGAUGGUCAAACCUCAGCAAUGGACAGAGAGACUAGAAUAGAGGACUUUCAGAGUCCAGAAUCAGACAAGAAAGUCUUCAUCCUUUCAACUAGGGCGGGAGGACUAGGAAUCGAUCUUUUCGCUGCUAAUAUUGUGAUAAUCUUCGAUAGUGACUGGAACCCGCAAGUAGAUCUCCAAGCUAUAGAUAGAGCUCACAGAAUAGGUCAGAAAAAGAAAGUUACAAUCUACAGGUUCGUCACUGAAGGUACUGUUGAAGACGUUAUCGUCAAAAGAGCAGCAAGAAAGCUCAAAGUUGAUCACCUAAUUAUGCAAAAAGGCAAAUUUGGUCAUGGAAGCAAGGAGAAAAUCACUAAAGAAGACAUGAUGAAUGCUAUCCACUGUGGAGCUAGAGAAAUUGUCAUGUCCAAAGACGAAGCAAUCACUGAAGAAGACAUCGAGAAAAUUCUUCAAUAUGGUAACGAGAAGACUAAUGAAAUCAACAAGGAGAUGGAUAAGAUUGAGACUAAAUUUAACUUGAAUAAUAUCUCACUAACCGGGAACGAGGAGGAAGAUGGUCAUGACAUGUAUUACUUUGAAGGAAAAGAUUAUAAGAAUAACAAAGCACUCCCUAGCAAUCAUGGCUUCAUCCAAACUUCAAGAGAGAGGAAACCCAAGGCAGGCGGAUACGACAUUGACAAAUACUACAGAGAAGCUUUUAAUGUCCCGGUAAAAGACAAGAAGAGACUCAGAGGAUGGCGAGCAAUCGCUAAUGGUGGCUAUGACCACCAGUUCUUUAAUAUCGAUAGACUCGAUGAGCUCGAAGCUAAACUUAUCAACUACCAGAAAUAUCAGAAAGACCCUAAGAAGGCGAAGAAGGCUCCCCCAAAAUUUACCAAAAAGGAUGAGACUGAAAAAGAAGCCCUACUUCAAGAAGGAUUCUCCAACUGGAGUAAAAAGGAUUUCUUCCACUACAUAAAAUGAUGUGAAAGAUAUGGAAGGGACGAUUACGACAUGAUCCUCGAAGAGAUGCCCAAUAAGACAAGAGAAGAGCUUGAGAAGUACUCUGACGUCUUCUGGUCCAGAUGUACUGAGCUCAAGAACGGUGAUAGAUAUAUAGAGAGAAUCGAAAAAGCGGAAUCUAUUAUUUCCGCCAAUCUCAAAAGUGCAAUUGGAUGUGAUGCCAAACGCUCUAAAAAGAGCCUCUCAAAGUUGUUGGAAGAUGAUGAUUUCACUGAAGAUGAAGACAAACUUUUACUUGACCUAUUGCACAAAUUUGGACAUGGUUCUUGGGAACUAAUUUUAUCUAAACUGUUUAUGAAGCAUAGAUUUAAUUGGCGUCUUCUAUCCAAGACGACUACAGACAUCAAACGGAGAUGAGAUUACCUCUUGGAAGUAUACAGGGACAACACUAAGGUAGACCCUCGGAGGAAGAAGAGACAGGGAAGAUAA